CUCUGUCACUAUCUGCGGCCGUGUUGAUGUUGCAUUUGUUGUUAGUCUUCAAGCGCUCGGGAACGGGAAAUGGGCUUUGCAGGGAUGACGCGCAGCGUCGCGUCCCACGCGCUUUAGCAGCGCAGAUCGCCCACGCCCGUACACACAUGCAACAUCUAUUGUCAGACAGCCUCCCAACCACACGUCAACAUGGUACGAAAGACACGCUCUCAACCUGCGUCUAAAUCAUCGCCGGCCGAAACAUCCACAGAAGCCACAGCCACAGCCACAGCCACAAAAUCACUCCCUCCCAGCACCUCCAACCCGCCGAAACUCUUCGUCCUGCCAAAAAACACGUCAAAAGAUGCACGCAUAGUCACCCUCGACAACCCUGCAACCGGCACACCAUCACGAUACUACUUCUGUCCUGAGCGGGGGUUCCACGAGUUCACGCGCAUCGCAGCGCCCAAGAAGAGCUGUCGGAGCUGGCUGAUCCAUGCAUCUGGUAAUGAGGAGACCAAGCAAGAAGAUGGAGACGGGAUGCGAGUAGGAAGCGGAUACAUCACCAAAGACGCCGACCUGUUCAUUGCCACACCCAUUGAUGUCUUGUUCCUGAUCCUCCCCGCGCUGGCGCCCCAGUCUGCGAAAGACACAAAACAGCUAUUCCUCGAACUGGACGACUACCUGGACAUGCUAUCGUCUACGUCGCAGCACUGGAAAGCACUGCUCUCGCAAUAUUUAACGCUAAAGGGUAUGAUGGAGAAGAAGGUGCGCCUAGUAUGCGACACUGUCGACGCAGGCGAGCAGACCAUGUACCGGCUCUCCACCCCCAAACUCCUGGACGUCCUCACAGCCAAAGCCACAAGAAUGGUAGCGCACGGUCUCCCCCCCUCGCUCGAGGAAAAGCACAUAAAAACCGCCCUCGAAGUCCCCGUAAUGAGCAUCCGCCGGGAAGAAAGCACACUAAGCGCCAUAUCAACAACAACGCCAGACGAACCCUCCACACCCACAGUCCCAGACUCCGAAACCACCGUGGAAUCCAGCACCACCACCGUAACGACCACAUCCACAGACCUACCUUCCCAAAUACCCCCCCUCCUCCGCCUCCAAACCUCCCUAACCUACCUCUCAACCGCCUACCUCCCCCCAACCCUCCGCCAAACCCUAACAACCCACCUCACCACCUCACCUCACUUCCUCCCCCUAACCACACACCUCGCCCACAUCGCAACUCUCAAGCGCGACGCCGCCGCCCUGCGCAACAUCUCAGACAACAUGUCGCGCAAGCGCGCUAUCACAGAGGAUGAGGAUAAGAUCGCCGAGCGCGAGGAGAAGAAGAGGAAGAAGGAGGAGGAGGAGAAGAGGAAGAAGAGUGAGGGGAGGGCGGUCAAGCAGCUUAAGAAGGUGGAUACUAGUGGGAUGAAGAAGAUGAGUGCGUUUUUUACGAGGGUGGGGAAGAAGACGUAGG